AUAGGGACAUUCGACUGCCGCAUGGUACGUAGAGCAGUCAUCGCUUUAACUCUGGCGGAAGCACAACCAAAAUGUGCUCCGAGAGAAGGCUUUUGAUCCUGCUGCUGCUGCCGCUGAUAGUCGUGGUGCAAGCUGCUGCCUUGCUAGCCUUUGCCAAUUGCACUCCCGAAGAGCGUUGCAUCACCCUCAAGAGGUGUCCGCAAAUACUGGACAAUAUCAAGGCCUACAAUGUGGCCCAGCGGAAAAUGAUCGGCCACAAGCAAUGCGCUUUGAAGAGUCAUCACAACACACUCUUGGAACGAGUCUACGUCUGCUGUCCGGAAGUGCCUCCCGUUGCCCAGACGGGCAACAUCCUCCCCAUCAUUGGAGAGUGCGGCGUGACCUUGCCUUCCUUUCGCAUCGUUGGGGGCACCAAGGCAGGUCUCUAUGAGUUUCCAUGGCUGGCACUGAUCCGACACGAGAAACCUGUGGCACUGCAGCUUAGGACGCUCCGGGAUUUGCUCAAAUUGUUUGUCGUGAAACCUACAUCCUUCGGUUGCGGAGGGGCACUGAUCAACACUCGCUAUGUACUGACCGCAGCCCAUUGCGUGGCCAGCCGAAGGCUCAUCGAGUCGGGUACAGUGGUGGCCAGCGUUCGUCUCGGCGAAUGGAACACGGAGACUGCUCCCGACUGCUUCAACGAGGUGAAUGGUAGAGAAAUCUGUGCUCCCAGCCACCUGGACAUAGAGGUCGAGAAGAGGAUCGUCCACGACGGGUAUGUGCCCGAUAGCAGGGACCACUUCAACGACAUAGCUCUGCUGCGCCUCAAGCGGAGUGUCAGCUACGCCAACAACAUCCAACCCAUUUGCCUGCCAGAUAGCCAGAGGCUGCACAAUAGUCACUUCCAAAUAGCCGGCUGGGGCCACACCGACUUGGACAGGGCGAGCCCCGUCAUGCUUAAGGCCACUAUUAUGGGCCGUGGUGUGGAUGAGUGCCGCGCAAGAUAUGGCCCGAUGAGGGACACCCAACUGUGUGCUGGCGGCACCGAUCAUAGAGACACCUGUAACGGGGACUCGGGCAGCCCCCUAAUGGCCACCAUCAGUGUGGGCGGCCGUGAAUUCGUCUAUCUCGCAGGCAUCACCUCGUACGGACCAAGGCCGUGCGGUCUGCAGGACUGGCCGAGCGCCUACACCAGAACAGAGGCCUUCAUCGAAUGGAUAGUGAUGCAUCUGGAGGCUUGAUCUUGCUUUGAAUGCGAUAGAAGUGUGAGAGGAACGGCGCUGUAUUUAGUAUCUAUGUAUAACGUCAUAAGAAUAACUGGUUAAGAAAUUAACGACUGCACAUUGGA